UGAUGAAUUCACUUGAUCAACAACUUCCGCCAACUUGGUUGACUGCGGUUGAUGCAAUAUGUGUGGUUAACGGUAAUCAGUAUCGACCUGAUGUAGGUGGUUGGAACCCUAAACCAACACUUAAUCAAAGAGUUUUUCCUAUAAUUAAUCCAUGUCCACCACCGUUGCUGUGGAUCGAGGUGACCUAUGAUAAUUCUGGGGAUUGUGAUAAUGCUAUAAAUAAAUUCGCACGCGUUCAACCCCACUGUCCGACCACAGAAUUUGUAAUCAUCGUUGUUCCGGCUACUGCAACCCCCCUUCCAGCGAAUUCAAAUCCAGGC